AUGCGUCUUCACGUCUUCCCACAGGGUGGCAGGGGGAGCCGGAGCCUGGGAGAGGGCCCAUGUUUCCCCUUUACCAUACAUCCCAACCCAACAUGGGUACCUUCCCUCUCCACUCCCGUACAAUCUGCCUGUUACAUCUUCCGCACAUAUCCUGGGGAGGGAGGAGGAGACGCUCCAUUCGUAUAUGUAACAGACUUAAGCAUACUAGUAUCGGAGUGGAUAGAGCAGAUUCCCCAGUCCCAAGACAACUUUCCAAAUCAUGUUGAGACAGGACCAUUCUGGCCGGUUGACUGGAUUUGUUUGCAAGGCAGCCCAGCAGUAGCAGAGAGGGGCGCCCAACAGUCCGAAACAUUGGACCUGGCAGCCCCCUCCUCAGCCAACAUGCCAAGCUGUUAG